AAACUUUCGUGCAUCUUAGCGCGAGCUGCAAGGAUAUCUGAGACAUUAAGCCCUCCUGAACCCUUGGGAGGCAGGACCCCCGCGAUAAAGAGGAUAUAGGCAGGGGAGGGUCGCGAGCGAGAGUACAGAACUCAGACUUACUUUUAAUAACAUUAUGUCAAAUUGCUGAUAUCGGUUUUACAUCGUAUGCGCUCAUUAUUCGCUGCCGGAGCACACGGUCUUCAGCGCAAUUCCCAGACUGGCGCUCUUGAGCCUUAUGAAUUUUCUGCAUACUUGCACAGCCCAGCGAGCACCACGGGAGAGGGAAGAUACCUGGACAGACAAUGAGGACUGCUGUCUUGAGUGCUCUGUGCAUUUUGAUGUUUUUUCUCGGUUUCUCGGGAGGAACCGGUUUUAUUUACAAGUUCCCUGGCGUGACACUGCAGCGCAUGAACUCUGAACAAAACGCUGGACUUCCCAGCGCCAAUGUACACCGUAGGAACUGGUGCCAGUACACGGUGUCGAAGACGGUGUCCUGCCAGGUGCACAAUGGGACCGAGACGCUGCUGCAGAGAGUGUUCCAGAGCUGCCGCUGGCCCGGGCCCUGCACCAACCUCAUCAGUUACAGGACCGUGGUCAGGCCCACCUACCGGGUGGCGUACCGGCAGGUGACUGCGCUGGAGUGGAGGUGCUGCCCGGGGUUUCUAGGAGCAGACUGCAGCGAAGGUGGGUCUCCAGAGUGCAUGAACUGCACUGGCUAUACCGGCAUGAAUGACAGACUGAGCCUCAUUGAGUCGAAGAUUUUGUUGCUGGAAGCCGCAGGCCCGCCCCCUCCGUCGCUCCCCGUCCUGCCGGAGAGGUCGACGGACAACGAGGUGGACUCGCCCAAACCCACCCCCAUCGGCCCCCCGGCCAUCGGCCUACCGGGUGUUAGGGGGCCCCCAGGGCCAGCCGGGCCCCCUGGGACUCCUGGGUCAGUCGGGCCCCCUGGACCUUCAGGGGAGACGGGCCCCAUAGGGAAGCCAGGGCCCAUGGGCCCCAGAGGGCCACGGGGGGAGACGGGUCUUCCCGGGGAGACGGGCCCACCAGGGCCUCCGGGACCACCAGAGGACGGCUCCACCUUUGCCCUCAGGGGGGAUGUGUUCGGACUGACCGCCAGGCAGCAAGCCAUGGAUGCAUAUCUAAACCAGAGGGCUUUACCCGGCCCCCCAGGACCUCCCGGACCUCCAGGCCCCCCAGGACCUUCCGGAUCAGCGGGGUUGCCGGGUGCCCCGGGAAAAAACGCAGAGAGAGGUGCCUCAGAGAAGCCUGGAGCCCCAGGGCCAAAGGGAGAUCCCGGUGAAAGAGGGCCUCCAGGACUCUCCGGAGAGCAAGGCCAGCCCGGUGCACCGGGGCCCAAGGGCGAGCCAGGAGAGAGCCAAUCAGAGGGUGAAGGGGUGCAGCAGCUGCGGGAGGCCUUGAAGAUCCUGGCCGAGAGGGUCCUCAUCCUGGAGCACAUGAUGGGCGUUCACGAAAACCCAUUGGAGCCGGGGUCUGGACUGGAUAUCCUUGCAGACAUUCUCCCCCUGCCCGCAAUAAACAACAAACAGUCAAGGCCUGGUGCCGUCCUCUCCUCCCUUCUCUUGGGAGACCGUAGCCUGAUUGGACGGAACCGGGACAGGAGGCAUCACAAGUAGCCAAUCGCGUCGCGCGAAGGUUGUCUGAGCUGUGGGAGGGGCCAAGGCUAAUGCUCAGGGUGCUAUUGAGUCUGGGAUGGAAGAGGGAGGCAGUAGCAAUGCAGUCUUGCUCUACUUUCAGGUUUGAAGUAAUUUUUUUUCAGUCUGUUCAGCAAGACGUGUUCUGUUUUUAUCCAGGUGUCAGCAGAAAAGGCCCUGCCUUAAGAGUCUUAGGCAUUCUAAGAAAGCAUUUACUCAUUGUAUUUUCAGGUUGUACAUUUUUUUUUUCUUCCACACUGCAACUUGCUCUUGCUCUGCAAUAUCUUUAGUCGCUCACGUAUAGGUUGCAUACUUUCUCUUAUUUAGACAUAUAGGUAUAAGCCCAGUUGACUUAAAUUUCACAGAAAGGCCUUAAACUGCACUUAUUAAAUACCUGUAUGAUAUUAGCUCAAUGUUCAUAAGAUAAGGUAAGGAGCAGAGUGUCUUAUCACAGGAGAGCCUUCCCAGGAGGCCCCAGAGAAAAAGCGGUGUUGAGUGUUUUGACUCCUCCCCCUGAGAGCUUAAACCAAUCGUGAUUGAUCAUGGUGUCUGAUGUCACCAGGUCUGAGGAGCCUUUUUUUAUUUUUAUUUUUUACAAGCAAGGUGAUUGACACCUAGGGCAGGACUUGAUGUGCUUUUAAAAAUGCUGGACAUUUUUAGUGUGUGAAAAAAAAAAAACAUCCACAGUGCAUGUUUUAUGUGAUUGAAGUCCUCCUCUCCAUGUGUCUGUUUCAUGAGCAAGAUCCUGUCAUGUCAGUUUAGAAAUUAUGCAAAUUAGCAGUUAUCGUACCUUUGGACAUCCUCCCGAAAUUGUACCCCUGUACCUCCCUCCUCUGUGUGUGGUUCCUCAGACAGGUGCUGCUAUUAAAUGUAAGGGCAGGAUUUGUCCCUGAUUUUUUUUUUUAACGAGUUGUGUCUUUUAAGUUUGCAAUAAAUAAUCUGACUUUUAAAAAAAGAGAUCAAUGGCUUUCUG